AUGGACGGGAUCAACCUCAACGCUCUGAGCGAGAAUGCAACGCGGCUUGGGAUGAGGAUUCAAGAGACAAUAGCUGAGCACACCCGGGAUUUGUCGUUGACACGGGGCGGGAGCUCAUUGUUUGACAUGGCGGACGACAAGGCGAAGAAUAUAACAAAGCAGCUCGAAUCAAGCAGCGACCGUGAAAAGCUGGACGCCAUGAAACGUUUGAUCGCGCUCAUCUCAAAGAACCGGCCAGUCUCCUCAUAUUUCCCUGCUGUAGUCAAGAAUGUAGCCAGCCCGAACCUCGAGCUACGCAAGCUGGUGUACAUCUACCUCCUUCGUUGUGCACCAUCUGAACCUGAUCUGGCAUUGCUGUCGAUCAAUACUUUCCAGCGAGAUCUCGCUGAUUCGAGCCCUCUCAUACGCGCUAUGGCUCUUCGCGUGCUGAGCGGCAUUCGUGUUCCUACCGUUGCUACCAUUGUACUUAUGGCUGUCCGAAAGUCUGCUGCAGACCCGAGCCCAUACGUUCGUAAGGCUGCUGCGUUUGCCGUUAUGAAGGUAUACAAACUAGACCAGGCGCAUCACCCAACUCUGCUCGAUAUUAUGACGACUCUUCUGCGCGAUCGUUCUCCGCUUUCACUUGGGACUGCUGUUCUUGCUCUCGAAACCAUUGCGCCAUCUCGCCUUGACCUUCUCCACGUGCAUUUUCGCCGCCUCUGCCGUGCCUUGCCGGAUAUUGACGCGUGGGGACAAGUCGACGUUCUCCGCGUACUCGUGCGAUACGCGAGGACCAUGUUACCCAAGCCCGUUCCCGCCAGCGAGAGGCAAGGGGAAGAGGUUGACAAAGAUCUGAAGCUCCUGCUGGCCUGCGCAGAACCUCUCUUCAUGAACAAGAACCCUGCCGUUGUUCUUGCUGUUGCACGAGCCUUCUACUACCUUGCUCCUUCAUCGAUGCUCCCAAAGAUUACCGCACCUCUCCUUCGCCUCCUCAGCGUGUCGCGCGAGGUUGAGCGUGUGACACUGGCUUACUUGCUCGUCGUCGCACGUUCGCAUCCAGCUCUAUUCAUUACUUCACAUAACCGCCUUUUUGUGCGCGUGGAUGAUGCAGAACAGGUGAAGCGGACAAAGAUUUCGGCUCUCCUGGCAUUGUGCACAGUUGACAAUCACCAGGCAUUACUGCGAGAGUUCGUGGACUAUGCUCAAGACACAGACGACUCUGUUGUGGGAGAUGCGAUUCAUGCCAUUGGACGCAUUGCCAGCCUCGUUCCCUUGUCUACGCCUCAAUGCCUCACUGCCCUCAUGGGAAUGAUCAACAGCAAGCAAGAUACCAUCGUCUCAAACGCAGUCCUCGUCCUCAAGUCCCUCGUCCAAAAUCAACUUCUCACACCUUCCUCUACCUCAACGACGACUCUCGCAACUUCCUUGUCAUCGCAGCAAGCUCUCACGUCAUCCAUUCCCUCGCUGACACCAUCAAUCUCUACUUCAUUAUCAGCUGCACCCCUGUCCUUCACAAGCCCGGAGUCGACCUCUGUAGCCCAAGCUCCACUCUCCAUUAUUGCCCAGCUGGCCCGCCGCAUUGACGACAUCCGGCACCCCCACGCGCGAGCUUGCGUGCUGUGGCUCGUCGGUCAAUACGGGUCGGUCCCAGGCACGGGAACAACAGUCGAAGGCGUAGCAGACUGGGCACCAGAUGUACUGCGCAAGGCAGCGAGGAGCUUCAACACUGAGGCUUCCCUAGUCAAACUUCAGACCCUCACUCUUGCUGCGAAACUGAUACUGCUCGCGCCUACGCACCGUACACUUGCCCUGCUGGCACAGCAUGUUCUCACACUGGCUCGGUACGAUGAAGACUGGGACGUGCGUGACCGCGCGAGGAUGUUGAGGGCACUUCUUGUUGGUGUAGUUGCGGGUGUCACGAGUAGUAAUGAUGAGGAAGGCAUCGAGGAAAAUUGGAACAGGGAAGAGCAGGCAGGAAGGCCGGGUGUGGUAUUGAGAAGGGAACAAGUGAUACGAGUGUUGUUCGAGGGAAAGACUGGGACGAUUGAAGAAGAGCCAGUGACUGACACUCGUCCACUCGGAACGCUUUCCCUCGUGAUGGAGAGUGAAAGUCUACAUCUGCAUGAUGACGACGAUGACGAGACUGUGAUAGAUCUCCCCGAGUGGCUGGAACAGGGAAUUGACCCCGCGUUGCGCGAUAGCGAUGAUGACACACCCCAAGUUGCCUUGUCGUCGGUGGCUCAAGCGAUUUCAUCCCAUGGAAUCUCGUCUCAACGUGUGCCCACGCCUGCGGGUUCGACACCAAUCGUGCUCACGCCCACAGGGGGAUCGACACCAAAGGAUACGAAGGACUGGAGGGAUUUGAACAAGUUCUAUGCAAGUGAGAGCGAGUCUGAGGAAGAGGAGGAGGGAGUGGAAGAGGGCAGUGGAAUUGACGAGGAUAGUGAUGAGGAUGAGGAGACUUCGGAGGAUGAGGAAGAUGAGGAAGGAGUUGCAGAACACGAUCCUGGUCCGAGUCACGAAAAAUCACCGUAG